UGGUUCACCGCUAAGACAGGAUAAAAGGAGAAAGUAUACCUUGUAAUCAAGAUGGUGCCAUAGCCAGCCCUUUCCACCAGUAAAAGAUAGGCUGAGGCUUUGCAAAACUCAGUUAUGAUGGCUUUGAUUAGCUCACUUGUUUGGGUUCCUUUUCUCCUUCUUCCCCUGCUGCUGCUGCUGCUGCUGCUGCUACUCUUCAAGCAGAAGACCCAUCAAGUUAAGAAAGAACACAAUUACAAGCUUCCUCCCAGUCCUCCCAGGCUACCAAUUAUAGGUAACCUGCACCAGCUUGGUGAAUUGCCACACAGUUCUCUUUCCCAACUUUCUCGCAAAUAUGGUCCAGUCAUGCUCCUUCAUCUAGGUCGUAUACCGGUGCUUAUUGUUUCAUCAGCCGAGGCGGCGAAGGAAGUCUUAAAGGUCAAUGAUCUUGCUUGUUGCAGCAGGCCUCGGCUGGCUGCUGUUGGGAGGCUUUCAUACAAUUAUUUAGACGUAGCAUUUGCGCCAUACAGUGAAUAUUGGAGAGAACUGCGGAAGAUAUGCGUUCUCGAGCUUUUCAGUGUGAAAAGAGUGAAGUCUUUCCGGUUCAUUAGAGAAGCCGAAGUUGGUUCCAUAAUGGAAUCCAUCUCAUCGUCGUCAACCCAUCCGGUGAACGUGACAGAGAAGGUAUUUGCUUUAACUGGAAGCAUAAUAUUUAGAAUUGCUUUCGGCAAGUCUUUCCAGGGAAGUGAGUACGAUCGUGCUAAGUUCUACGAAUUGGUUCACGAUGCCGAGACGGUGGCCGGAGCUUUCUCCUCCGAUGAAUGCUUUCCGAGAUUCGGUUGGAUUAUAGAUAGGUUAAACGGUCAUAAUGGAAGAGUUGAGAAAGUUUUUGGUCAAUUAGAUGCGUUGUUCCAACAGGUGAUCGAUGAGCAUCUUAAACCUGGAAGGACACAGGAUCACGAAGACAUUAUUGACGUCAUGCUUAAAAUAGAAAAGGAGCAAAUUGAUGAACAUGGUCAUGCUUGGCUCACCAAAAAUCAUAUCAAGGCAGUACUUUUGAACAUGUUCUUGGGCGCCGUUGACACCAGCGCGCUUUUAGUGAUCUGGGCAAUGGCGGAGCUAGCGAGAAAGCCAACAUUUAUGAAGAAAGCUCAGGACGAAGUUCGAGGGGUGGUGAGGAAGAAAGGAAGAGUAACAGAAACCGAUCUGGAUCAACUUCAAUACCUGAAGAUGGUUUUAAAAGAAACUCUAAGAUUGCAUCCUCCUGUGCCCAUGCUGAUCGCCAGAGAAGCCAUCUCACACUUUAACAUUAAUGGUUACCACAUUUAUCCCAACACACUUAUCCAAAUCAAUGUAUGGGCCAUUGCAAGGGACCCAAAGUACUGGGAAAACCCUCAAGAAUUCUUCCCAGAAAGGUUUAUCGAUAACGCCGUUGACUUCAAAGGACAACAUUUUGAGCUGUUGCCAUUUGGAGGUGGCAGAAGAGGGUGCCCGGCGCUGUACAUGGGAACCGUCACAACCGAGCUUUUACUCGCAAACCUCUUGUAUUGUUUCGAUUGGGUUUUGCCUGAUGGGAUGAAUGAGGCAGAUAUUAACAUGGAGGAAUGGGCUGGUAAGUGCCUUACCCUCUCCAAGAAGACACCUCUUCUCCUUGUGCCAAUCAAAUACCUCCAUGCCCAGCCAUCUGCGUAGACAAAUUUAAUGGGAGCCAAAGUCCUUUGCUUGAUGUUUGUAUAAUAAGACCCGGCCCUAUCUAAACGAGCACUUAGGCUCCUUAAAUAAGAGGGAUGAGUGACCCAGUGCUUUACUGGCUGUGCCUGUAAGGAAGUCCUGGUCUAGAUGAAAAAUAAAUAAUGGGUGAGAAGUAAGCAGACUAGGUAUGCUGCUAUUAGAGUUAAGAGUUUAGGGUGUAAUGUUAGAUUGAUGAGUAAUAUGGUUGAUUAGCUCUAUAUCCUGUUAAGUCUUCUUCUUACUGCUUGUAUAAUAUAACCUACAAAUAUUUUGCAAUAAUUUGUGUUAGAAAUGAUGGUAUGAAA